AUGGAGGACCGUUCCUUUUUGCUCGCAUUUUUGAAGAGACGAGGAUGGGAGAAGACUGGGUGUGCGACAGACGAUGAAUUGGGCGAACCAGGGUUACAGAGUAGUCAGACGAGUGAUCGAGCAGCUGGCUGGGGUCUGGGGGCGAUGGCGGUGGCAGCAUCUCUGAAGACGAUCCAACUUGCAGUCAAGGACAAUGAACCCAUCAACCAGCCAGUCCCCCAGUCACCGAACGAAUUGUAUUGUACUCGGUACGGAGUUCAGGACAUGGUUUCCUACCUUCAUGUUGUGCCAAGCUACCGGUACCGACUUGGGCUGAAGCAGCUGAGGAAAUCAAUGGAGAACCACAGCCCCUCUCUUCCCAGUGCAAGUAUUACCUGCCCAUGGAUAGUCGAUCGAGAGAGACAUUGA